AUGAUCAAGAAUAAUGCACGUGCGGAGAAGUCUGGCCUCGAUGAUUCUCUUCGAGAUCAGGGCUUCCAUCGGGCAAAAGUGCUGAUUGUUUUGCCAACGCGUGAAGCAGCGAGACGUACCGUUCACCAGUUCUUGCGUUUGAUGCCUAAAGGUUCAACUGUCAGCCGCAGGAGACGUUUCGAAGAAGAUUUUGGAUCUAAAUCUGAUCAAAACAGCCAUAUAAAUAGAAAAUGCAAAAAGCCUCCGGACUACGAAGAGUGGUUUUCUUGCAACACCGAUGAUCGUUUUCGCAUUGGUAUUGCAGUUGCAAAGAAAUCGAUCAAACUCUACUCCGCCUUCUCCGAAUCGGAUAUUGUGAUUUCUUCACCUUUGGGUUUGGAAACUCUAAUGGCGGAAAAAGAGAACUGGUAG